AUGAUUCUGAAUCUGAAUCUGAAGCCCUUUACUCAUUUUUCUUCUUCUUCUUUUCUUCUCAUCGUCCUGGUUUCACUCGGAGACACAAAAGACUACGAUAUUGAAAUUCUGCCAGGUAAGCUCCAGUGCUAACAGGAUUCUUUUCCACCAAACUUUCCGGACCAUGCUGUGAGAUUAGAUUUUCAUUUUUGCUCACAUCACUUGCACAAAGUAAAUCUAUGCAAAGAAAAGUGAAUAAAUUGGCGCGCGUUUGAAUGUCAAAAAGUCACUCGACUUCGAUGACCAUCAAUCGUACUUUAUGUGCAUUUUGAAUAGGUUUCGUGAGCAUGAACGCACUAAUUAGAAUACGAGGAAGUUGAGUGAAGGGCACAUGGAUUACGGUAGUUUCAGACAGACUUGCCAAAUCCCGGGCCGGGCCGGGCCAGCAAAUCGUCGGCCCGGCCCGGCCCGGUCGGCCCGGCUCCGCCCACUCUUGAGAAAAUUUUCGUAAUUUUUGUGAAAAUUUUGCGACUUUAAACAGCAAUUUCUAUUUUUUAGCAGGUUUUUAUGCUAUAACAUUGCCUUUUUAAGUCUAUAAAAUUUUAAGUCUAUAAAAUUAUGUUCGUUUCGAAGUUCUAGUUCGCUUUGAAUUUUUAGGUGCAUCCUCCCGGGCCGACCGGGCCGGAAAAUUUCCAAUUUUGGCCCGGCCCGGCCCGGCCCGGCCCGUUGCAAGUCUGGUUUCAGAUGCCUGCGAUUGUCGGGAUUGGUAUGGAGUUUGUCGGGUGAACGGGGAGAAAUGGGUGGAUGACGAGGUGUGGCAGUACUCUUGCGAGGGGAAAGAAAGAUCGGAGGCCACGUUCAUCGGAUGCAAAGGUCCCGAUGGAGACGUGCCGGUCGGACGGAACACGACUAUCGGAGAGCUGUGGAAUGUGUGCUCACAGGACGAGCAGAAGUUGUACUAUGAAAUUGGUGAGCGGAAGGAAAGAUGUGGAUGAGGAUGCGUGAAGAUUCAGAGCCUUACUGUGACUUUAAUGGAAAGAAGAUUCGAGUGGGCGAGGAGUACCGAGACGGAAGCUUCCAAUGGCUCUGUUUGUCGACGGGGAGAUGGAUCACAGGUACGGAAGGGAAUGGAAGUUCACCGGGAAUCGCUCGGGUACUUCCAGGCUGUUACUACUUCAAUGAAACUCGAACGGACCUGCUGCUCCGCGUCGGCGAGCACGAUUUCAACGGACUUAUCGAGCACGUGUGCGCGAAACGUCAGGAAUACCCGGCCAUUGUGCAGUAUUACACACAGGUUCGUCUCCUUCUUCUUCUUCUUCUCAUUUCGAUGUUUUCGUGUUUCUCUUUGCCGAAAAUCCAAUUAAAGUGCUGCGAAAUGUCAAAAACAAGAGUCUCUCUCUCCCUCUCUCUCUUUUUUGCAGGUCCGGAAAGAUGUCGACGUGAAACAUCCGACUAAUAAAGGAGUUAAUCGAAACUUUCCCGAGCCGCUACAACAUUUGAUUGACGACGACAAGAAUGUGAGUGAGUGAGGGAAGGCGCGACGGAUUACGGUAGUUCCAGGUCCGCUGGCUCCACACCUCUGCCGUUUACUUUGUGAAGAACGAGGAGAGACCGAGAAGCUUCACGAGAUUCCUUCCGGCUUCCAGAAGACCGCUCGGAAAAUAA